GAGCAUAUAUUAAGAAGUUUAAGGGCUAAUGUGUAAAAUCUAUAAUUGGAGUAGGUGGGGUCACAGAUUUAUUGCCAUUAUCAUUGAAGUCUUUUUAAAAAAGUAUAGAUACCUGUGUGCAAUAUGAACAGGAAAUAAAGGCACUCUCUCUAUUUCUAAUUUGACAGAAAACAUCCAAGGAAAUCUUGCAAAUUUCAUACUAUUAGAUUGCUUUAAGAUUUGUGUGAUACCACAUAAGCCUAACUUCUCUCAUCCCUCCUCACUCCACCAUUGCCUCGACUCAUGCAUCGCCAUUCACCGCUGCUCGAUUCCUUUACUCUUAUACCUUCGCCACUACCCGGUCUCACCGGCUAGCUAGUAGGCAUGAGCGAGGCCCUUCGAUUGACCUCCUCAUCCUCUUCCCCUGCUUUCUUUGUCUUUCUCAAACAGGUUACGACGAGGUGCCUUUGUCCCGCCGGUGGCUUCCCACCACUUAGACACCACCUCCUCACCGCAAGCUUUGGUUCGCCCUAGCCACCAAUACCGGUCCAUCUCGCUUUUCUCAAUCUCCAUAGCUUUGGCAUCGUCCACCUAUAUCCACCACUUCCUACAUCCAUCCCUCUAAGCCUAGCUUGACCUCCUCUCUUCUCCCUCCCACCCCAGACCCAACCCAGGAUUGAAUUGUCGCUGAUGUCCAUACGCGCGUGAACACUCCACAUCAGCCUUUUCGAAGACGAAAGCAUCCAGGCGUGUUGUUUAUGUUCUAAAAAAAAAAGAAAAAAAAAGAAAGGCGUGUUGUGUAUGUAUCCGAAGUAGGAUGGCACCUUUUGGCUUCAACGACCCUGACUCAAUUCAAGCGCAUAUCAAAUGCACAAGAACCGAGCGCAGGGGACUCCGACUCGGACUCCGAGUCUGUCACGUAUAGCCGACCAUAAAUAGCCGCCGCGCUCCUCGUCUCGUCCUUCCCCCACUUCUCUCCCAUCCUCCAUCGCACUCACUCCUCACCUCGAUCCAUCUGCGCCUGCGCGGGCCUCCCCCUCCCAUCUCCAUCUCCCGCGGAUUCGCGAAGCGCCUCCCAUCUUCAUCUCCUCCCCCGCGCCGCGGACCUCACGCGGCCUACGCGCUGUGCGACAUGGCGCCCCGUGGGCGCCGCCUGACGGAGCAGAUCCACUCGGAGCACCAGGUGGUCGCCGCCCUCCUCGACAAGGCGGAGGCCUUGGUAAUGGCGGCCCGCGCCAAGGGCGCCCAUGGCGGCGCCGCGGCGGCGGGGGAGCAGCACCCCGAUCACCCUAGCCGCGGCAAGAAGAGCGGUCGUUUCUUGCGCCGCCAGGAGACCCCACCGGAGGCCGCCACCGCGAUCGACGGGGAUGUCUCUCCCCCCGAGAAGAGGAGGAAGACGACGGCCGCGAGCCCGAUCGUGGAGGUGGAGGUUGAGGUGAUCGAGCCGACCAUGCCCAAGGCGCAGAGGGACCGCCUCUACGGCCUCCUCGCCUCGCUGUCGGCGGACACGCCAUUGCCGCCGCACAUCGUCGGCCUGAUGCGAAGCCAAUGCUGCUGCGUCGUGGACCCUAACGGCGAAGAGAUGGAUGUCGAUCUUAGCUCCGCGAAGGAUGCUGCCUUGUUCCAGUUGCUGAACCUGCUCGUGGAAUUCGCUCAACAGCAGACCACCAAGAUUAUUGAGGAGCAAGAACCGCCCAAGAUCGAGGCAUCCGACGCCACCAGCAGCUCGUCGAUCUGCGACCUCCUCGAGGACGGUGAGAUAGCCGAUGAGGGUGCGGCCAUGGGCAUGGACAUCUGCGGCGGCGUCUCUCCCCUCAUCGUGGACAGUGCUCAGCUCUUGCCACUUCCGAAGCAACAAGAGGAUGACGAGUUGAUCGACAUCUAUGGUGGCGUCUCCCCUGUAUCAGUCAACAACUUCCCUGAUUCUCCUCGUUCGAGCAGCAGCAGGAGCGACUCCUCAUCAUCCUCCAGCUCUAGCAAUGGCUCUGGCUCCUCCUCAUCUUCCAGCAGUGGCGCCUCUUCUGGAUCAUCAUCCUGCGCCGGUUCAUCCUCCUCGUCGUCGGGAAGUGACACCGACGCCGACGCCGACAGUGCGAGCAACAGGCCAGACACCACCACAGAUCAUCCCACCGAAGCUGAGGUGAAGCCAAUGGUGGAGCACGAGGUCAUGGAGCAAGACAAGAAGCUGACCACUGAGAGGGCAGCAGCAUCUCCUGCAUCUCAGCUCUGCAUCACGGACAUGGGCAUAGACAUCUGCGGCGGCGUCUCUCCCCUGGUCGUGGACAAGGCUCAGUUCUCGCCGCUCCCGAAGCAGCAACAGGAGGAUGACGAGUUGAUCGACAUCUGUGGCGGCAUCGACUCCCCUGUAUCGGUCAGCAAGUUCCCUGAAACUCCUCGCUCGAGCAGCAGCGACUCUUCCAGCAGUUCAUCUUGCAGCGGUUCAUCCUCCUCGUCGGAAAGAAACGACAGUGCGAGCAGCAGGCCAGACACCACCGCUGAUCAUCCCACCGAAGCUGAAGUGAAGCCAAUGGAGGAGCAGAAGCUGAUCAUUGAGAGGGCAGCAUCUCCUCACACUGAGAUGCAGGAGCUGAUCACUGAGAGGGCAGCAUCUCCUCACACUGAGAUGCAGGAGCUGAUCACUGAGAGGGCAGCAUCUCCUCGCACUGAGAUGCAGGAGCUGAUUGCAAGGGCCCAGGAGAGGCAGAAACUCCAGCGUGAGCUCGAGAGAGAGGCAGCGCGUGAGCUCGAGAGAAAGGCGGCGCGUGAGCAGCUGCAGGAGAUGAAGAGGACGGCGCAGCCGGUCUUCGACAUCAUCGAUCCCAGAGACAUGAAGCAGCUGGGGAUCUCCGGCGAGGCGCAGUACAUUGUCAGCCCGGUGAAAUCUAGGGACAGCCUGCGUCGCCGUGGAGGCGGCCUGCUACAGAGGCUUGGCUUCUUCCUGAAAGCAGAGUUUUGAUGAGCUAGAGCAGAGUAGGAAUAGGACCAUGAUCUCGUCUGUUUCUGCUGUCUGUUCGAUUCUUUGGUUGCUUGUCAAGCCUGCUUUGAACCUUAGAAAUCUGUUUAAUGUAAUUUACUUGAAGCCAUUGAUUUAUUUGCAGCCAACUUGUGCUGGCAGUAGCCCCAUCAUAUGUAUACUGUACAUUAUUCUGAUGAUAUAUGAAUGUGAUAUGAUUUGUCUU